GGCCGCUCUCUGCCUGGUGUUUUCACUUCCUUCUCUUCAGAGCUGUAUCCGGGUCGUUGCUUUCCCUAUUGUUUUAGGCAACCGGCCUCGGAUUGUGUAAAUUCUGAGUCUUUUGUUGCUUUUGUUGCAGGCUAAUAAAGUUUUUCUUUCGUUUAUUUUUUUUUCUAGGAGUUUUAACAGGGGACAUUAACUCCCCAGGGCUGCCGGGUUAGCCGCGCUGCCUGGGCCGGAGGGCGCCUUUGGCCGGGGAAGCGCCAAAGGAAGGCGCGCUAGCGGCCGGGGUCGGUUCUGCGAGGACCAGGGGCCGGGGGGCGGGAGGGGAACCGCGGGGCUGCACCUGGGGCGCCCCGGUCUGGUCCGCGGCGCCGCCUAUUUUUAAUAGCAUCUUUUGGACUCGUUUCCUUGGUCUCAGUCCUCGACCUCGGCGCUGCCUGGGCUCUCGCAGCCUCUCCCUAGGUCUACUCCAAACGACCACCUCGGAUUCCUUAUGGAUCGCAGCUCCAAGAGGAGGCAGGUGAAGCCUUUGGCAGCUUCUCUGCUAGAAGCUCUCGAUUAUGAUAGUUCAGAUGACAGUGAUUUUAAAGUUGGAGAUGCUUCAGAUUCUGAAGGGAGUGGUAAUGGAAGUGAAGAUCCUUCAAAGGACAGUGGAGAAGGUUCCUGUAGUGAUUCUGAAGAAAAUAUUUUAGAGGAAGAACUGAAUGAAGAUAUUAAAGUAAAAGAAGAACAACUUAAAAAUUCUGCAGAGGAAGAAAUACUAUCAUCAGAAAAACAGUUAAUUAAAGUGGAAAAGAAGGAGGAAGAAGAGAAUGGAGAGAGACCUAGAAAGAAGAAGGAAAAAGAGAAGGAGAAAGAAAAAGAUAAAGAGAAGGAGAGAGAGAAGGAUAAAGAAAAAGCAACAACAUCUGAUAAUGUGGCUGCUUCUGCUGCUUCCACCACACCAGCCACAAGUCCUCCUGCUGCUAACACAUCUCCUUCAGUCCCCACUACAGCAACUACAGAGGAACAAGUCAGUGAGCCAAAAAAGUGGAACCUUCGUCGCAACCGACCUCUUUUGGAUUUUGUAUCCAUGGAAGAGCUGAAUGACAUGGAUGACUAUGAUAGUGAAGAUGACAAUGAUUGGCGACCCACUGCAGUAAAGAGAAAGGGAAGAUCUGCAUCUCAGAAGGAAGGAAGUGAUGGAGACAAUGAGGAUGAUGAAGAUGAGGGAAGUGGGAGUGAUGAGGAUGAGAAUGAUGAAGGCAAUGAUGAAGAUCAUAGCAGCCCUGCCAGUGAAGGGGGUUGCAAGAAGAAGAAGAGUAAAGUUCUUAGCAGAAACAGUGCUGAUGAUGAGGAACUGACCAAUGAUAGCCUGACACUAUCUCAGAGCAAGAGUAAUGAGGACUCGCUGAUUCUUGAGAAGAGUCAAAAUUGGAGUUCUCAAAAAAUGGACCAUAUUCUGAUUUGCUGUGUUUGUCUUGGAGAUAAUAGUGAGGAUGCUGAUGAAAUAAUUCAGUGUGACAACUGUGGCAUUACAGUCCAUGAAGGUUGUUAUGGAGUUGAUGGAGAGAGUGACUCUAUUAUGAGUUCAGCUUCUGAAAACUCCACUGAACCUUGGUUUUGUGACGCCUGUAAAUGUGGUGUUUCCCCUAGCUGUGAACUAUGUCCCAAUCAGGAUGGAAUUUUCAAGGAGACAGAUGCUGGAAGAUGGGUUCACAUUGUUUGUGCCCUGUAUGUUCCUGGUGUAGCCUUUGGAGAUAUUGACAAAUUGCGACCAGUAACACUCACAGAAAUGAACUAUUCCAAAUAUGGUGCCAAGGAGUGUAGCUUCUGUGAAGACCCUCGUUUUGCUAGAACUGGAGUUUGCAUUAGCUGUGAUGCAGGGAUGUGCAGAGCCUAUUUCCAUGUGACCUGCGCUCAGAAGGAAGGUCUGCUUUCAGAGGCAGCAGCAGAGGAGGAUAUAGCAGAUCCAUUUUUUGCUUAUUGUAAGCAACAUGCAGAUAGGUUAGACAGAAAGUGGAAGAGAAAAAACUACUUGGCUCUACAAUCCUAUUGUAAAAUGUCUUUACAAGAGAGAGAGAAGCAGCUAUCACCAGAAGCACAGGCAAGGAUCAAUGCCCGGCUUCAGCAAUAUCGUGCCAAAGCAGAACUAGCUCGAUCCACCAGACCCCAGGCCUGGGUUCCAAGGGAAAAAUUGCCCAGACCACUCACUAGCAGUGCUUCGGCCAUUCGUAAACUUAUGCGGAAAGCAGAACUAAUGGGGAUCAGCACAGAUAUCUUCCCAGUGGACAAUUCAGAUACUAGUUCUAGUGUGGAUGGAAGGAGAAAACAUAAGCAACCUGCUCUCACUGCUGAUUUUGUGAAUUAUUAUUUUGAGAGAAAUAUGCGCAUGAUUCAAAUUCAAGAAAAUAUGGCUGAACAAAAGAAUAUAAAGGAUAAAUUAGAGAAUGAACAAGAAAAGCUUCAUGUGGAAUAUAAUAAGCUGUGUGAAUCUUUAGAAGAACUACAAAACCUGAAUGGAAAACUUCGAAGUGAAGGACAAGGAAUAUGGGCCUUACUAGGCAGAAUCACAGGGCAGAAGUUGAACAUACCGGCAAUUUUGCGAGCACCCAAGGAGAGAAAACCAAGUAAAAAAGAAGGAGGCACACAAAAGACAUCUACUCUUCCUGCAGUACUUUAUAGUUGUGGAAUUUGUAAGAAGAACCAUGAUCAGCAUCUUCUUUUAUUGUGUGAUACCUGUAAACUCCAUUACCAUCUUGGAUGUCUGGACCCUCCUCUUACAAGGAUGCCAAGAAAGACCAAAAACAGUUAUUGGCAGUGUUCAGAAUGUGACCAGGCAGGGAGCAGUGACAUGGAAGCAGACAUGGCCAUGGAAACCUUACCAGAUGGGACCAAACGAUCAAGGAGGCAGAUUAAGGAACCAGUGAAAUUUGUUCCACAGGAUAUGCCUCCAGAACCCAAGAAGAUUCCAAUAAGAAACACGAGAACCAGAGGACGAAAACGAAGCUUCAUUCCUGAGGAAGAAAAACAUGAGGAGAGAGUUCCUAGAGAGAGGAGACAAAGGCAGUCUGUGUUACAAAAGAAGCCCAAGGCUGAGGAUUUACGAACUGAAUGUGCAACUUGCAAGGGAACUGGAGACAAUGAAAACCUUGUCAGAUACCCUUCAUGAGACCCAACUCUGCCACUGCUCAUCCUCGGAGGCAAUCCUGGAAACCUCUUUUAUAAGUGUGAUUUUAAAAAUGUGGAUAACACUCUCAAUAGAGUAUAUAAAGUAAAGGAGAACAGCUAUCUUGUCUUUCCCAUAAGCUUAUCACUGCAAAAAGUUGCCUUUGCUUGUCAGGUUUGGAUAGAAUGUAAUUGAUUGGUUUGUUACUUGGACUGACAAGGCAGUUAAUUUGCCUGUGUGGAUUUUUUUCUCCUUUUUUUCUUCUUCAACUUUUUUUUUUUGCACUAAUCAGAAACAUUUGAUAUGUGCAUUGUUGAAAAAUACUAGAUAAUGUCUUGUCAGAAUUGUCCUAUUAAGUAAUGUCUUCCCCUCUUGCUUCUUUGGCAAAUGAUGUACAGUAUUUGGACUUGAGAGUUAUGGAAGCCUGUGGGACUUACAUGCAAUGUGCUACUCGUUGUUGAACAAAUCUAGUAACAAACAAGAAAGAGAAUGCAUUCCAUUAGUCUGCUAUUCUGUUUCAUCCAACUUAGUACAUAUAUUCAUAUAUGAAAUGCUGCAUUGGGAAACAACUGUAGACUAUAUUAAAUGUUACUUCUAUUUAUAAUAUUCAGCAAAAGUGAAAGACUUGUGAAAGCGUAUGCCAUUCUAGUUUUGACUCAUUAGUUCUAGUGUGAAAGCACUAAUAUUAGUAGCAUGCAGUUUUUACAACUUCAGAUCUUAAGCUUGUAAAUGAGAAUAUAUCUGUGUUGAUCUCUAGAUAUUUUUUAGUAAUAACCAAAUUUAUUCACUCUUUAUUGAUUUAAUACGAACUUUCUCUGUUCAGUAUAAUUUUAUUUUUCUCAACCUUAAGUAUGAGGUUACAAAAUAAGGAGAGAGAUACAAAGCUUUUGACUAUACAACCUGCCAACUGAAAGAUCUUCAUCAACAUUUGUAUCUUUCCAAAGGUUUACAGAAUUAAAAUUUGGUCUUCAAGCUUUAAUGAACCAGUUUUAAAUCAACGACAGAAAUAUGUUGAAUAUUUCAUCACUUCAUCUUGAACUGAUUUAGAAGAGACUCUUUGCUGAAAUUGAAAUACAUAUAUACAUGUAAAUUGUCAACAUGUCUCUUGGAAUUUCCUGAUUUAUAAAUGUGGUUUGAGACAUCUUUUCAGGUAUAGUGGCGUUGAAAAUAGUUUAAACAUUAGGAAUAGAGUAGGAAAUGUUAUAGAUAAUUAAAAGCAAGUAUAAAUAUAAAGUUGCUGUAUGCUAGUAAUCUUUAGUUAUACUAAGGAACCAUAUUAUUGGAUAUUUAAUUAAAGCAGUAUGUAUAUAAAAUAUGUAUAAACUGAGAUUAUUAACUUAUUGAAAGACCUUCUAACAUUGGAGGAAAAAUAUUAAUAACCUGUAGCAAAACCAGUAGGCUUUUUUUUUUUAGAAAAAGAACUCAUUAUUUAUCACUGCAUAAGCUUAAGAAAAAGUUGGUAGUUAUUACUAUUGCUGAACUCCAGCUGAUUUUAAGAAAAAUGUCAGAUUGCCAUUUCCUUAAAAAAGAAUAUGCUAGUGCAUUUGGACCUGACUCUCCUUUGAUAUAUGGUAAGAUAUUACUAGUGGUCAUUUUAUUUUAGAUUUUUUUUGAAAAAUCAUUAAACCUUGUGGUUUUGGUGACACUAUUAAUCAAAGUCCUUUCCACCUGGUUCUAUUUAGAAUACCAUAUUAUCAUCAUUCUCCAUCUUACUCUUCAGUGGUGGAUAUAUGGUUCCAUAUUUGGUGCUAGCCCUAAGAAUCUUUGUCACACAUCACGAAUAUAAACCACGUAUAUUCAUAAGAUCAUUGGUCCUGCAAAUGUGUAUUUGGAGUAGAACUUUUGAAGAGAGUAGAAUGAAACACUUUCUCCUAAUAAUCUCCUAGACACUCUCAUAUUUCUAUGGUACAAAAUUAACCCUUUUCUGUAAUUGGUCCAGUUGUUAUUCAAAGGAGAUAUUAAUGUGUAUGUCAAGAGAAUAUACACUAAAUAGUUCAUACUUUACAUACAUGUAUAAGAGAAAACAGUCCGACAGGUAAAUGAUGGUUAUUUGUCGCAUGAUAGGGAAAGAAAAAAAACACUGAAAUAUCAAGAAGUAAAAUAAAUAACUCUGAACUACAAGAAGAACGACAUGGCAGUAUAUAGAUAGCAGUGGUUCUCAAACUUUAUAGUACAUCAGAAUCAAGGAUUUGUUUAAAAGCAGAUUGCUCACCUACUCCCCUCCUUAUUUUCCUCCUCAUUUUACUCCCUCUUACUUCUCCUUGCAGUUUCUGAUUAAGUGGGUCUGGGAUGAGGCCUGAAAAUCUGCAUUUCUAAAAGUUCCCAAGUGAUGCUGAAGCUGGCCAGGGACAUCCUUUGAGAACCAUUUGUAUAUAAUAUUUUCAAAAGAAUCAUGGUGUUGUGCUUGACAUUGAUUGAAUGUGGCUUUAAUUUUGUUAAAAGGGCCCUUAAAUUUUCAAAAAUACUUGUUUCUAGGUAAAAGAGAUUAUAGUAGUUUACAGCACAUAGAGUAUAACUUCUUUAUUAUACAUAAGUUUAGUUAAACAGGUGUUUAUUUUAUACCUAUUUUGGAGACAGCACAAUUUUAGGUACAGAAAUUAAUCAAGGAACAUAGCCUUUGUCCAUAAUUCACUAAUUCCUUUGUUAGGAAAAGAUUUGAAAUUAGGAUUAUGUUUAACAUGAAAACAAAAAUUUAGCCUUAACCUUAAUCCAUUUUGUUUGUAAAUGAAAUUUAUUUAUCAUUUAUAUAUCAUUGUUAUUCGUGUGUUUCUUGAGUGUUUAUCUGAUUUUACAUUUAUAAUGUUAAAAAUAGAUCACUGACCAAUAAAUAAUAAGAAUAUUCACACUCAUUAUCCUAUUUCCCUGUUUUUACAUCCUAUUACUUAACAGAUCACUCUUUUUAAACACUUAAUGUUCUUUAUUUGACAAAACUUACCACUGUUUUACUUGAUUCUCAGUAUGGGAAUAUUUUAUUAAUAUUUCACCAAAAUCUAUUCAAGGAAUUCAGAAGGAUUCUGUAGCAGAAUGGAAUACUAAUAUUACUAAUUUUUCUUUAAACUUUCUGAAAUCAUUUUGACAAUUAAAACUUGUUUAAGAGACUCAGCUUUAGAGUUGCAUGGCAUAUGAAGGCAGAAAGUUUUUCCUACCCAGUCAACACUUUAUCAAUUUACAUAAUACUAAGGAUUGCGAUUAAAAAUAUUUCUGAGAUAGACAUGCUUUGCAAAUACUUUUUAAAAAAAAUAAACAUAUUAGACCUCUUUCUCCCAGUACACAGUCUUAAGACUUUCUGCAGGCCUGCUGUAAGAUUCACUGCUGUUCAGGUACAUAAGAUAUAAUGAAACUGGAUGUUCAUGCUGGGCUUUGUGAAUAAAAUGAGACUGACCCCCAGCCAUUAUCUCAUUUAUCUGAUUUACGUUGUAAAAUCAAGAUCUACACUAUUGAUUAGAGAAUAAUUAGUUAAUUAUGAGCAGGGAAAUACAGUUAUGUGGGGCUUGAGCACAGCAGGUUGUACUGCUGAAAUAUUUCCAAGGGCAUGAGCAGAUGGAGAUCAGUUUAUUAAAGAACAAAGCAGAUGUGUUUCAGGUAUGAAAAUGUCUAAUCAUUCUCUCAUGCUGUUAAGAGGUACUUGACCUUAUUGUGUAUUUUUAUAUGAAUUCUUUUAUUUCAUGUUUUAGUUUUGCCUUUCACUUUUAAUCUUGUAACUUGACUACUGCAGAUGUAGCUAGCUGAAUUGAUCCCAUUAUUUAAGUGAUCAUUAAACAUGAAUUUGGAUUUCAAUAAUUAUCCAAAUAUUUUUUCCAGUUAAUAUACUUUAAUGUUUAAAGAAUAUUUUUGUCUUUCCUACCACUCAUUCAUUCAUUAUUGCAUGUGAUGAGCCUUUAGUGACAUUAAUGAAAAUAUGUUCAAGACCUCCACAUUAGCCUUUAUUUGUGAACUAUCAUAUAAAAGAUAUUUUCUAAUUAUUUAGAAAAUGCUCAUAUAGGUGAUUUGCACUAGAAGUGUUGUAAAAAGGAAUAAAGUUUGCCUUUAUUGAUAUUAAAUGUUAUUCUAAUAUUGGUAGAGUGCAGAAUUUUGUGCAAGCUUGUAUUAUUUUAAAAGUGAUUUAACUCAUGGGCCACAAACCUGCAUUUUCUCCCUCUGUUAAAAGGAAUAAUUGAAAUAAUUGGCUACUGUUCAGUGAAAGAGUCUGUCACUACUGGUUAAUAUAUUUGUGUAGGUGUUUCAGUUGCUAGUAAGAUUUUAUGUAAGUAAUAUUAAGACCAAUUCUUUUGGUCAUUCUUCUAUAGAAUUUUUGCAUAGAAAUGAUGAAAAAGUAAGAAAAUCCAACCCAUCAAUUCUCUUGAUACUUAGUUGUGAGUUUUUUUUUUUUAAAUUGAACGGAUGUAACAGUAUAUAUUUUCAAGGUCGGUUCUUUAUAUUACUCUAUAUAGACUUGGAAGGGACCUAAAUCAAAUGUUCAUUGACAUAAAAAAUAGCUAUGAUUAUGGAUCAACCUGGUCAUAAAACAUGUACAUUACUUUUCAAGUCCCAUGUUGUGGAUUUCUCUUUUUCCUGAAAUUUAGCUGAUCAUCUGGCUAUAAAUUAUAUAUAUAGGAGGUGCAUUUUUUUUUUGGUUAGUUUUGAAAAGUAGUUAUUUAGUGUACUCUUCUAGUGAAAUUAUCAAUUGGAAAUUAAGAGAAUUUAAGAAACACUUUGGAACACUGGCCUGUCUCUUAAGUGUAGACAGAAAUAAAUAAGUUGUUUCUUUUUACUUGUGUGCAUCUUCUCAGUAAUCAGAUAAACACAUGACUGAUUGCUCCCAUGGAUCAUAGGACAUAUGAACAUAAAUCAUUUUCUUCCUCUUCUAUGUCUAGGGUGCUAUACUUAACCAUAUCUAAGUAAGUAUUUUAAAUACAUAUAGAACUAUGUUUAUUUGGUCACUGCAUUUUGUUUAAUGAAUGUGUAAAAGACCGUAUACAUAUAGCUGCUUUAUUAUUGACAUCUGUAUCCAUUAUGAAUCUGAUGCCUAGGAAGUUGUACUUAGUAAGAAUCUAAUUAAACAAUGAGGUUUCCUUUUCUUAUAGAUGAGAUUUAUUUUAUCUCACUUAAAAUUGUAAUAUUAGAAUGUCCCAUAAUAUGUUAAUGUGUACAGUUUUAUUAGAUGUUUAGAGGAUAUUCUUUAAGCAUCCAGUUUGCAUUUUAUUAAAAAACAUAGUGUAUCUUUAUAGGUUAGUUUUAUAUUAUCUUUUAAUAUUUUAAGACAUUGUCGUCCUAUUUAAUAUAUGUGCUAUUGGUAUAAUAGUCUGUUUUUAUUACAUAGACAUUUGUGUUAUUUAAUAAAGUAUAUUGUGUUAUAUCACUGCUUUUGUGGGUCAAUGACUGCUUUUGCACAAGAUUUAUUAUUUUGAUACAUUAAAUAUGUACUAUAUUAUGUGUUGUAAUUACGUGUUUCCAAGUAUAUGUAAGAAGUAGAUGUAGAGGUCAUAAAUAAUAAUUUGAUCAAUAACUACUUCAACUCUAUUUCAGCUUUUAGGUAGCAGAAUGAUUGCAGAUCCUUAUGAGCUUCUGAUUUUUGAGUUUUUAAAAUGAUCUAUAUUUGUAACUUAGCCAUAAUUUGUUGACUGACAAAAUUUGCUAAAGUUUACAAAAUGGUGUGUGUGUGCAUGAAAUAAAUUAUUCACUAUUUUUACCAUCUAAAUUGCUCUUUGAUUUCUAGGGUUCUUAAUGGCAUCUCUUACAUUUGUCUAUGGUGAAUUAAUUCUUGCAAAUUCUGCUGGAGUUCCCUUGUAUCACUCAGGAUAUUUUUGUUACCAGCACAUGAAGCUAUAGAUUUAUUCAAUUAAAUAUUUUAGUGUAGAAACAACUAUAUUUUUUCCACGUGGAAAUAAUUUUAGUCAUCUUUAGAAAAGGCUAAUAUUUAUAUGUUUGUUUAUUAACAGAGUUAUUGAUUUCAAGAUUAGGUUAUUUCUUUUUCUUUUUGUUUUUGUUUUUUCCUCUCCUGGAUUUUGGCAGUUCCUAAGUGUAUUAACUACUCCUUUUUGCUACUUAGUCUUGGAAUUACAGUUUUUAUUUACCAUUGAGUGAGCUAUAACUUGAGAGAACUCCCAUGUCACCCCUGAUUCUAACAAGCAAAUUCUUCCUUUCCUCUGGAACCCAUCACUAGUACAUGAGUUCCAUGUGUAGACUAAGUCAUUCUAAAAAGUAUCACUAAUGAAGGAAUCAGUAAGGAUUAGGUCAUUUCCAAAUGGCAUAUACUUCAACAUUAUCUUCUAACAAAUCUAGCAUAUAAAGUCUUUCUUUUCCCUUUUGCAUUUAUUAUUGAGCUGAAAGAUAACUUGAGUUUACAAUUAAUUGAAAUCAGCUACAAAUUUGAACUAUAUCAAUGUAGCAAACUUGUUCUUAAUUUAUUAGCUUGAAAUAUAUAUAUGUACAUAUACAUAAUACAUAUACAUGCACACACACACCAGCAAGAACCACAUGUACAUGAAGGUAAAAGGUAAUGAAUUAUGAUUCACCUUUAUAUUCAUCAUAGUGUUUGACUCUAGUUGUACACAAGAAACCAUAAUUUGCAAGUUAUUAUGGCACAGACUUAUAAAGUAAAUAUGCAGUAAUUAGGUUGUAAUUUGAUAUAAACUAGGAAAGCAUUAAUACUAUAACUCUUCACUUAUCAAAAGCCCAGAUUAUUGGCAAUCUAAACUUGCUUAAAAACCCUAAAUUAAGCAAAAAAGACUAUAGUUAACCCAAAUUGAGUCCAUGUACUUAGUAGUUCUCAUUUUCAUGUUUUUUUAAACUUAUUGUCGGGGAAAUCCUGCUUAGACAGAUAACACUGACAAUGUCAGAAAGUAGUGACUGAUAUUUUUUAAGCAAGUGAGGAGGACCUAUAAAAGUUGAAUACAAGAAUUCAAACAGAACAGCAGACUGAUGAUACUCAUAUCCAAACACAAAAAGCUGUCACACUGUUAGACAUGUAGCAGCAUCUAUUACUCGUACUUGUGACCCUGGAAUGAUAAAGAUAGAGUAAAUUAUAUUUAAUGGAUUUCCUUGAUGAAGCAAAGAAUGUGAUUCUCUUUAAAUUUCCCAUUAAAGAUGACUGAAAUACUAUUUUCCAUGCUUGAAGGAAUACACCCUCAGCUAACUAGAAAUCUCAACCUUCUCAUAACUCAUAAAUGCUUAUACUCUGAAGGGUCCUCUAACUAUGUGUUUAAUGUAAUUGGAGUUUUAACUAUUGAAGGGUAAAUAAGUUGAAUUGAGAAGAACAAAAUUUUGUGGGCUUGCCAUUUAGUUUUAUGUAAUGUUUGAUGUUAGCUAUAUAUUAUCUAUUACUUUUUCUUAAUACUAGAACAACAGGUAUUUAAACAUUUUAAGUGCUUUUAAAUAUAUUUUUGGAUGGUUUAUUUGUCAUAUUGGCACAGUAAAUAAAGUACUGUUUGUUAUUCCUAUUUGAUUUGAUUUUUUUGUAUAGCUAGAAUUAUUAUAGUAAACAUUUUUAUUCAAGUCCAUCUCUUGAGUCUAAGUGAAGGGUUUUGGAAAAGUACAUAAGUUUAUUUGGUUUAUGAGAAGGAAGUUGUAGAGGAAGGAGUGCCUAAACUUAAGACACAUAAUUGUGUUUUAAACUUCUUUAUACCUGAAUAACUUAGCUAAGUUGCUAAAUUUUCUGAAACUUUUGAUUUCUGAAAUGGGUCUUUGGGAGAUUGGGUUUUAUAGCAUGACAUGAAAUUUUUACUAUAAAUGUAGAUUUAUAGUUCCCUUUAUUGUGAAAAUAAAUUGCUUUUCUUUGCAUGUUGUUUAUCACAAUAACUCCUUCUCCUUUUUUUCUAAUAAAAGUUAUUUAAGAGUAAUUUUGUACUUUAAGUAAUAUAUGUCCUAUAAAAUAUCCUCCUUUCUUAGUUAUGGAUUCCUCAACUUUUUAGGUUUAAAUCAAUAAGAGUAACUAUAUAUAAAGAGAAUGUGACAGAUUGGUUUGGAGAAAGUAUUAUUUUUUUAACUUACAAAAAAGCACAAAGAAUAAGAGGAAUAUAACCCUUUCUAUAAAAUGUAUACAUCUUUGUUAUUUGUUGUUAAAUUUUGGUCUUGUUAUUCCAACUGAUGCAAAAUUCUUUUUAAA